CGCUCGCAGCAGUAGUAAACAGUGCGGCGUCGCGACGCGACAUCAUCGAACGCCCGACCGACUUUGUGAUACCGUAUACGCGUUGCACCACGCACCCUGAACUAAUAAAAACCUAACGUUGUGUUAUAAAGACAGAAAAUACUAACUGUGACGGUGGGCGUUGUGCGUGGCAGGAUCUGGGGACAUUUCCGGAUUUGAAAAUCGCUAUGGCGUCCUAGAGUGGAAAGCAAAAAGGAACGCAAACGUGUCACGCAGGUGGGUGGACCAUCCGAAAACUGACACGGGCGCCAGGAGUGUAAUGUCCUCGAUAUCCGCCCAGGGGGUAGUGGAGCGUGCGUCCGCCGAAUUAACAAAACGCAUCAAUGGCCUCCGCGGCAGCAAGCACCACUCUAACAAGGGCAGCGUUAUGGAACGCGUCACGAACGUCUUCUGCGGCAGCAGCAACAACGCGGCGGUGGCGGCGCCGCCGGAGAAACCGUCCCGCCUGCUUCCAUCCAGGGGAGGCGCGAAGAACGCGCAUCACCUCCACCAACUGCAGCACCAACAACAACAGCAGCAGCAUCCACCGCUGCCACAAAUGCACAACCAACACCACCACGGAAAACGGGCGCCGCGCUGUCUGCCGCACACCACGCACGUCACGUGGGAACAGCUGAUAAUGGAUGAUCGCUUCCUGAUGCGCUUUUUCCUGUACUUCAAUGCCCAUGAACGAUGUACCCUGGCGCAGGUGUGCUCAAGGUGGCGUGACGUGCUGUAUCGCUGCCCACGCUACUGGUCCGGACUGAUUCCCGUGCUGCAGUGCAGAGAGCUGCGGUGCGCCCAGGGUCCCGAGCGCGCAAGGCUCUACUCGUCCUUGAUCCGACGAGGGUUUCACAAUUUGGCGUUGAUGGGCGCCUCCGACGAGGAUGCCCUCGACUUAGUUAGCUCGUUUCCAUUAGCUUCCAAGCACGUCCACUCCUUGAGCUUGCGAUGUUCGAGUGUCACGGACCGGGGCCUAGAGACACUCUUAGACCAUCUUCAGGCACUCUUUGAGCUUGAGCUGGCCGGUUGCAACGAGAUUACCGAGACUGGUCUCUGGGCCUGUCUAAAUCCUCGUAUUGUGUCUCUCACACUUACGGACUGCAUCAAUGUGGCGGACGAGGCGGUUGGUGCCGUUGCCCAACUCCUGCCGGCCCUGUAUGAGUUUUCGCUGCAGGCGUACCACGUGACGGACGCGGCAUUGUGUUACUUUUCACCAAAACAAAGCAAUUCGCUCAACAUCCUCAGGUUGCACUCGUGUUGGGAACUGACGAAUCACGGCGUUGUAAAUAUUGUUCACUCGUUACCCAAUCUGACCGUGUUGAGUUUAAGUGGAUGCAGCAAGAUUACCGAUGACGGCGUCGAGUUGAUCGCCGAGAAUCUACAGAAGCUGCGUUCUUUGGACUUGUCCUGGUGUCCGCGUAUCACCGAUGCUGCCUUGGAGUAUAUUGCUUGCGAUCUCAAUCAACUAGAGGAAUUAACAUUAGAUAGGUGUGUCCAUGUGACUGAUAUCGGUGUAGGGUAUAUUUCGACAAUGCUCUCUCUUUCCGCAUUGUACCUUCGUUGGUGUUCCCAGCUGCGAGAUUUUGGUCUCCAGCAUUUGUGCGGGAUGCGCAACCUCCAAAUAUUAUCUCUGGCAGGAUGUCCACUACUAACUUCCAGCGGUUUGUCUAGUCUCAUCCAGUUGCGACACAUGCGCGAACUUGAAUUAACGAAUUGUCCGGGCGCGUCGCGUGAACUCUUCGACUAUUUGAGGGAGCACCUGCCACGGUGUCUAGUCAUUGAAUAAAUUGCAACCUACCUUUACAACCAAAGUCUUAAAGAAUUUUCGUUAAUUUUGGUUUCCGGAAUUUAUAAUGGUACAAUUCGAUUAAAGUUUACUGUAAUUGACUGCGUAAGUUGUAGUGAUAACAAAUUGAGGGCCGUUGGAACAUUCGAAUACAGGAUUGAGUACUGAGACAGACUUAUGAAAAUUAUAAAUUUCAUAUGCAUCUUAAUAUGCGUUUUUUGCUAAUUAUAAAUACAAUUCUUAUUUUAUAAUAAUUUCCGGUUUGCAAAAAAAAAUUGAUUUUGCGCAUUAGUUUGCUUCAGUACACCACCUUGUAUAAUAGACUGGUUUCCCUCUGAGACUUUAAGUUCUAAGUUGAAUUUGAUCUAAAAAAGAUACUAGUAAAGUUAUACAAGCAAUAAGUCUCAGCGUGGUUUUAUCGCUCUACAACGUUUUCUACUGAAAGGGAAAAGCAAAACAAACUUGAUAUUUACGAUUUAGGUCGGUAAUAAAAGAUACUUGGAUACUUCAUACUCCUUUAUACAAAAAUAUAUACCAAACUAUGGCUUUCGACAAAACGGGAAGCAUGCAAGUGCUACUUUGAGAAAUGAAUUACAUAUACGUUACAACCUUUUAAAAUACCUAAACAUAAAAAGCUUUAUAGCCGAGUUGCAAUUUAUACCGUGUAUACAUAUGUACCGUACUAACUUGUAAUGUAGGUAGAACGAUAAAAUGAACACUGAUGUAAAAAAAGUACUUAAAUGGCCGCUAUUCGCAGGCUCACUGUCGAGCGCAUCCACCAUGACAUGAGGACGAUAAAAUGAAGGCAGGUAACCAAAAAUCAUUGCUUCCGCAAAUAAUACUGAAUUAAAUAUUUUAACAAAUACUACAUUAACGACGCGACACCCAAAUAAACCAAAACAAACAACUGCUACUGAAUGCUGUUCUAACUGUUAUUACUAUUUAGAUGGUAUUAAAAGUAUAUAUUUUUAUAGAAUAGUUAAAAAUGCGCCCUAACCACAACCUGAGACAGAUUUUAGCGAUGACGUUGAAUAAAAUACCUUGUGUAUAUGAUUAUAUCAUCAUGUAACGUGAGAGGUUUUGUUUUGAAUAUAAAUCGCACGUACUAUGCGCUUUUUAUAUCAGUAACAGCGCAUGCAGUUCAAAAGAACAUAAUAUCUUAUAAUUGGGUUGAUUUUAUAAUCAUCAAUUAGCUACUAAAUUAUCCAAGUUUAAAGUUUUACUACAUUGAAUUUACUACUCGCCAACAAUCGGAAACGCACUAAACUAGACUGCAAAGGAAAUUGUUCUGUAUUGAAGUCCUUUGUUUAAAGAAAAAUGUUAGCGCAAUGAAUUUAACACAAUUAUAACUUCACUUACUUCACCACCCUUGUUAAACAACUAGUGCAAUACCCGCAAACACUCAUUAAUAUCAAUCAACUAAAUAAAUCAAAUUAACUAAUGAUACUAAAAUUUACCAAAGCAAAGCCAAUUUUAAAACUAUACUAAUUAUGAUAAUUAAUGCAUCACGAAAACCUCACCGAAUCACAGCAAUUGAUUGCAGCUGCGGCAGUGCUCCCCUAUAAUAAUUUAACCAACAGAAUAUCCUAGCUAAUGCUUCAAAACAAAUUCAUAGAAACUAAUACAAACGAAAAAAAUCCUAAGCAAUUUUAUGUGUAAAUUAUGGUUUUCCAAGUUUUUAUUUAACCUUUACCAUAGUUAGUUAUAAUCUUAGAUUUUAAAUUAUGUAAAUGUGAUUUUCUGUACAUUUCGGUAUAUUUUAUAAUUUGUAUAAAAGUCCAAGAUAAGUAAUGAAAAUUUUAUGAUAGAACAAGGGCAUGGACAUUGUUCAUGGCACAAUUAUAUUUAAAUCAAUUGA